UGGUCAUUUCUCUGGCAUAUUCUCUAUAGGUUUAUCGUACACUAAGGCAUUAUUAUUCGCAUACAGCUGCAUAUUUUAGUAACCCAAUGCACGCGAAGUAUUGUAUAUAAACAUUAUUUCGUCUAUUUACAUGGCUAAAGAAAUUAAGUUGAGCGGUGAGGCGAGCGUGAACGUCACCGUCACUGUCGUAUCGCUCCAUCAAUGACAUUAUAUAGCCUAGGCUAUGCGAUCUGUGCUGUGAAAACAAAAUUAUGCCUUUUAAUAGCCGAAACAUUCCUUUUAAUAUCGCGAUUCUGAAAAGGCAGUUAGCGACAAGAUAACAACGUAAUGCAAAUUUAACCAAAUCAAAAAUAUGCAGUCCUGUCUGGAACAUGUUAUUAUCGUGAAAGAUCUCCGAUCAGCGUUUUUCAGAAACGUUUUACGGUUUUGAUGAUUUUGACGAACAGGAGUAAACUCGCGUGUUAAUCAUGAUGGACACAACAUCAUAACGCUCGAGCUCCGUUCGCCAGUAAACGUGCGCACGGCGAGACCUGAGCCGAAGAAUCAUAGCGGCGCCUCAGAUAUGAAUGAUGAUGGAUGCUGAUAACGCGGAUAGCUGGUUUCCUCUGUCAGAAAACGCAACCACAAGUUUAAACGCGUCGACCCUGGGUUUCCUAAACGCGUCGUCUCCGGUGGUUCUGUGGGGUGAUGCUCAGGAUAAAGAGGUGGCACGACUGAAGGAGAUCCUGCAGGCGCAGGAAAGAGCCUACAAAGAUUUCACUACUACCAUUCAAGUUUUCAUCCUCAUCGGCUCCCUUUUGAGCAAUACUGCAGUGUUGUGGUGCACUUGCUACACCAAUGUCUUCAAGUCUGUCACCAAUCUCUUCAUCAAGAACCUAGCGUGUUCCGGCAUUUGUGCUGGGUUGGUGUGUGUGCCCUUUGACAUAGCCUUGAGUUCCAGCCCCCUAUGCUGCCUAUGGGUCCAUACGCUUCUGCUGUGCAAAGCCAUCAAGUUCCUACACAGGCUUUUCUGUUCUGCCACUGUGCUCAGCUUCGCUGUCAUCGCCCUGGAUAGGUACUACUCAGCACUGUAUCCACUGGAGAGAAAGAUUUCAGAUGCCAAAUCCAGAGACCUGGUCAUUUACAUCUGGGUGCAUGCGGUGGUGGCCAGUGCCCCUGUGUUCGCUGUAAGCAAUGUGACGGAUGUCUACGCCACCUCUUCCUGUUCUGACGGCCAAUCGCUUGGACAUCUGGUUUACAUGAUCACAUACAGCGUCACCACACUCAUUUUACCAUUAGCAAUGGUGUUUCUAGUCAUGGCACUAAUCCGCCGUGCACUAAGCACCAGCCAGAAGAAGAAAGUGAUCAUUGCGGCACUGCGCACCCCACAGAACGGCAUUUCCAUCCCCUAUGUGUCUCAGCGUGAGGCUGAACUUCAUGCCAGUCUGUUGUCCAUCGUUCUAGUCUUCGCGGUGUGCAGCACUCCCUAUGCCGCUCUGGUAAUAUACCGUUCAGUGCUGGGGGCCGCAAAAGCCUCAUCUUGGUUACAGCUGACUGCCGUGUGGCUGCCGAAGGUCUCUCUCCUCACCAACCCACUAUUUCUCCUCACAGUAAACCGGUCUGUGCGGCGCUGCCUUCUUGAUAUGCUAGCACGCCUUCAUCGCCGCUAUAGCCGAAGGAACAUGGUCAGUGUUGGGGUUCUGGCUGAAGUAGGGCCACUAGGGGGCGAGACUGUGGUUCGCUCUGGUAGUCAACUCCUGGAGAUGUUCAAUAUCGGCCAACAACAGAUCUUCAGACCAAAUGAGGAUGAAGAAGAUAAUGAAAUUUCCUCUGUGGCCUCCACCAACUUUCAACCCAAAGAUGAAGGACAGGGUGGAAACGGAGGGGUGGCAAAAGAGGUGCAUCAGCCACAGUCAGGAAACGCAGUAAAAGAAGAAGGCUUAGUGUUACCAAAACAUUCCCCUAUUCAGUCAUUUGCCUACUCCUCUUCACAGGUCGCCCCUGCGACUCCCACGGACCCUGAGGAUGCAACACAGUUUGGUUUUGGGCCAUUUGAGCUGCCACCACAAUGGCUGCCUGAAACCAGGAACAGUAAGAAAAGGCUCCUUCCUCCGUUGGGUAACACACCAGAGGAGCUGAUCCAGACCAAGCAGGCCAGAAUUCGGCCCGAGAGACGCAUCAGUAGAAACAAUAAAGUUAGUACCUUCCCUAAUAUGGAUCCAUGAAACAGUGCAGUAGACCAAAUCAUAAAAAGCCAAGAAGAAAGACUGUUUGAGUUUUCUAUCUAAAGUUAUUUUGAGAUGAUUUUCUAUGCGAGUGCAGAUCAAUGAAGGACACGGAGAGAAUACGUUUAUAGUAGGAAGUAAGAGGAAUUUACAUGCUCUCCUGCUGUCUGUUUGGUCGAUUUAAUAGACAUCCCUUCAUCUCCAUGUAAUGACAGAAAAGGAAAUUGAUCUUUCACAGGAAAUUCAAGAAACAGAUGUAAGGAAGGCAUGGAUUGUAACAAAUGUAAGGUAGGCAUGGAUUGUAUGACAUUUGUUUUGCUGGAAUGGUCAAUAAAAUUCAUAACAAUCAUUUUUAUGUA